GAAGCUGUUUGCUUAAUUAGGUCCUAGUGCUCCCAGCUUGACUGUUUUUAUUAACUGGCUACUGAUGAUCCUGAAGUCUCAACUGUUUUCUCUAACAUAAAUUGAGGAUACAUGUAGUCACCCAUGCAGCAUUUAAAUUUGAAGCUACUUUAUCAUGUGGAAACAAGCUUGCAGUCAGUCCCUCAGUGGGAUGUCCAGCCACAAAAUAAAGAGAACAGCUCUUCAGAUUUUGCCCUGCACAGUGUCUCAGCUGCUGUCUGCCUCUCAAGUCACUCGUGACAGCUUUGCAAUCUGCGACUGGGAACUCAACCACGUGUCUGUAGUGGGCAUCAUCAGAGGAUUUGCUCCCUUUGUGACAAACAUCCAGUACUCUGUGGAUGACAUGACUGGUCCACCUCUGAAUGUGAAGCACUGGGUUAACACAGAGGACUGUGCUCCGAUGACAUUUGCUUCUCCGGGAACAUAUGUGAAGGUUAUUGGAAGUCUCCGCAGUUACAGUGGUCAAAGGUCAUUGAUGGCAAUGAAUAUCCGUUGUAUCAAGGACCUGAAUGAGAUCACAUCCCACAUGCUGGAAGUGGUACAAACCCAUAUGCAGUUUUUUGGAAAGAAAUUUGAUGUGAAUAUGAACACCACUGCUGCCACACCAUCUGGAUAUUCUGAUGGCAUGUUACCAAAUGGAUUGUCCAGCAUUCAGGCUCAGGUACUGCAUGUAAUCAAGGGUCUCUCUGUCCGUGAUAUCGACACCAGUUUCCAUGACCUGAAGACACAGCUGGACUUCCUCAGUAUGAGAGACAUCAGAUCUGCCUUGACAUUUCUGAUCAAUGAAGGUCACGUCUUUACUACCACUGAUGAGCAUCAUUUCAAGUCAACAGAUCAUUAGCGGACUACCUGGGAGCUAAUGAAACAUCAAGACAUCACAGUCCUGGUUUGCAGUUGAUCAAAAAGUACAUGAUAACCACAUUUUUAGGACAAAAUGACUCUAAAUGGUUUUGGUUAAAUUUAGUUGUUUAUGACAUACUGUCACUGACAGUUUUGUCUGUCUUGGUCUUAAGACGUUGAACCUUGAAUGAUUCGACACAGACAGAUAAGGAAACAGUUAUAGGUAUAGUGUAUCAUUUGUUUGUUGCCUUUGAAUUACUGCACUGAUGUAUUACUCAGGUUUCUUAUUUUUGACCAUGUCUAUAUUUUGGAUUAUAUCUUAUUUGUGGGUACCCUGCAAGUGAUGUCAUGAUUUCUAUAUAUAAAGAAGGAUCUUGAAAAUGUU